CUUUUUCUUCGCGUCCAAAGCCGUUUUUUAUGGCCGUUUCACACUCCUUACCGCGUCAAAUAAAGACUACCAGACAGUAACAUGUUUAUAGGCAUUACUGGACCUUUAUGUAGUGGCAAGCAUACAGUUGCCCAAUACCUUGUAGAAAAACAUAAUUUCACGUACCUUACUCUUACCGAUUCCACACAUCCUAGCGUCGACUAUGAUUGCGUUCGAUUCCAUACCCUCAAGGAAAUGCAAAUUUAUGUUACGGAACGAUGGUUGGAAAACUUUGUUACCUGCGAUGUCGACGGUCGUGGUCUAUGGCUCUUCAAGAAGCGCCCUUUCUUUUUACUAGUUUCGAUCGAGGCACCGAUAUCCGUGCGGUUCCAGCGGCAUGUUCAAAGGUGUCAGCAAAAUGGCGAAAACGAAUUGGGCUUGCUCGAGUUCGUCAUCCAAAACGACCUUGCCUUGUUCAAUAUCCCAGAGGAUGAUUCCACCAUGCUCAUAACUGAUCCCAUGAGCCCGUCAAGACCAAGGAAGCAAUUAUCCACUACUCAGUCCCAUACUCCUCUCUACACUCUCAUGUCGUUAUCAGACGUUACCAUUGCAAAUGCUUAUCAGUCUGUGCCCCAGCUCCACGCUUGUUUGGAUGACCUCGAUUUAACGAACCAUGAACGACUACGUCCAUCUUGGGAUACCUAUUUUAUGCAUCUAUCGGAUCUAGCGGCAAGACGGUCGAACUGUAUGAAGCGCAGAGUUGGGUGUAUUUUAGUCAGAGAUUCUCGGGUAAUUGCUACCGGAUAUAACGGAACGCCAAAGGGGCUGCGAAACUGCAAUGAGGGAGGAUGUCAAAGAUGUAAUGAUGCAACUCCCUGUGGAACGGGACUUGACCGGUGCCUCUGCAUGCAUGCCGAGGAAAAUGCACUACUGGAAGCCGGAAGAGAAAGAGUUGGUCCUGGCAAAGGUGUUAUACUCUACUGCAAUACGUGUCCUUGUUUAGGAUGUGCUAUCAAGAUUGUCCAAACCGGCGUCAAGGAAGUGGUGUUUUCGAAGUCAUAUGGCAUGGAUGAUUUUAUUGCCAAGGUGUUUGCUGAAGCUGGUGUAAAGUUACGUCAGCAUAGCCCGCCCAGCAUGCGACUGGAAAUGCAAGUGGAUGUGACUGAAGUCGAUAGCAGUAUCAUCGGUAAAAUGGGAUGGAUGAACUCGGAUGUAAUGAGACGAAGGGGUUCCCAGGAUCCCAAUAACCAUAAUUCAUAAAUCGGUUUGGUUUACUGGGUAUCCACUACCAUUGUGUCACCCUGGCCAUUCCCUGUAGAGAAGGAAUUUCCGCUUCAAGUCAAAAUAAAAAACUGCCACUUAUUAUUACUGCAUGGUGGUGUUUUUGCUUUGCUGCAAA